UAGUGUUGGUCCGUACGUGCGGGGCGUCCAUGGGUAAAAGCCUGCGUCAUAUUGGAAACUCCGAUCGAUGUCUUUGUUUUCGUCCGUUCCUAGCUUCCUCACCACACCAGCCUGAGUGAGUUUUUGCGCUCAUCGAGCCCGUACCUUGCCUUACUCCAAAGAUCACUGCUUGCUACCUUAUUGCUGGUUUUCUAUCUUGGUGGUUGUUCGUGGUGUUUUCCACCCGGAGUAAGCAUGGAGGGUGUGGGCUGAGGUUGGAGGGAGGCCUGCAGUGUGCCUGGCCGUUUGGUUCUCCUCCGGUCCCUGGUUCUUCAGCAAGGAUUGUGAUUUCGAGCUGCACAGCUCUGUUCUGUCUCCGCUUCUUUUGCCUUUUGUUUUCUGGAACUCUCGGUUUUUUGGUCCACUUGUGGGACUCUCGUUAUAGUUUAAGCUGCUGUGAUCAAGGAUUGUGAUUUCAAGCUGCACAGCUCUGUUCUGUGUGUGCUUCUUUUGCCUUUUGUUUUCUACAACUCUCGGUUCUUUGCUCCGCUUGUGGGACUCUCGUUGCGAUUUAAGCUGCUGUGAUCAAGUUUUUUAUUGUGGCUGUAAGAGCAGAUGUCGAUCUCUAUGCUGAAAGAUAUACACUCGCGGGGUAGACACUGGACUGUUUGUACAAGGCUGUCAAGGAUGUGGGAUUAUCGUGGAGGCACCGAUGAUGGUGAUGUACGGCAUGUUGAUCUUGUCCUACUAGAUGCUGAGGGAACUGCUAUGUAUGCUCAAAUUGGAUCGGACAAUGUGAAGGAUAAGCAGCCUUUGUUUGCUGAAGGAAAAGUGUACAUGUUGAAGAGGUUUAGGGUCCUCAAGUCUAAACCUUCUUACAGGCCUGUUGACAAUGAAUUCAUGAUUGAGAUCACCUGCCACACAUUGAUUGAAGAAAAACAUGAUUUUCAAUCUGACUUCCCAAUGUACACAUACAACCUGACGAAAUUCCCUGAUUUGCCUUCGCUUGUUGGUGAGACCAAGUGUUUUGUUGAUAUUAUUGGCCUGAUCACAGAGGUGGCUGAUACAACCACAGUCCAACUCCAUAAUCAAAGCAGGGCUACGGUUCGAAGGGCAAUUACACUGAGAGACACUAGCAACUAUGAGAUCAAACUUUACCUUUGGGGUAAGAGAGCUUCUGAAUUUGAUGCUGAUAAGGUCUAUGCAGUUGGCCAAGAACAACCAGUCAUUGCUAUCUUUGUUGGAACGCUUAUGAAAUCUUAUAAAGGCGAACAUUCGCUCAGUGGGAAUACAGCUUGUCGAUGGUACAUCAAUCCCGAUGUUCCUGAAGUCCAAGCUGUUAUAGACAGCCUGCACGGCACUUUUCAAGCUAUACAACGCAUUGCAGCAAGUGAACAGCUAGCUAUUUUCCAGCCUGUGAAUGUUGAGCCACAGCAGAAAACUUUAGAGGACAUGUUUAAGAUUAGCCCAUAUGACUUCCCAGCUGAAGGUUUCCGAUGCACCAUCACUAUUUCAAGAGUCGAUCCCUUUCUAUCCUGGUGUUUCCCAUCGUGUAAUCGCUGUAGUAAGACUGUACUUCCUGAUGGCAUUGGAUAUAAAUGUCCACACUGCAAAUGCACAGGCUCUAAAUUCAAGUACAAGAUAUGCUUGAUGGGGACGGAUGGCACAGAUGAAGCAGAAUUUGUGUUUUUUGGUGAUAUGGGUCGUCGUCUUGUUCUUAAAGAUGUCAAUGUGCUAAUGAGAUCUUGUCGCAGCGCUGAUGGUAUUCCAAGUGAAAUAGCGUCGCUGGUAUCCCAAAAGUACCAUUUUACAGUUAAUGUAACCAGCAAAUGCUUUGAAAAGCCACAACGAUCAUACGAGGUGAAGCACAUCCAUUGUGCCUACGGCCGACAGACUACCAUUCCAACAAUCAAGAAACCCAGUGAUACACCUACUGAUGACAAACACAAAGCUGUUUUAUCAAUUGUCGGUUCAUCCAGUGCUAUGCAACCACACAAGGACCAACACGUUCAAAACGUGAAAGAUACUCCCCCACCAAAAGACUCUCCAAGCUUUACACCGCUAAAGACCAAACAGCCUCUUUCUGAGCACCCAAGUGAUGGCAAAAAAGAGAGAAAUAUACGUAGGCGAUUACUUAUGGAUAGAGCUUCAACUGAUGCAAAUUUAGACAAGCAUGAUGAUUCUCUUGAUGAUAACCUGGAAGAUUCUUUGGGUGAUGCUACUGCUAGGUCUCUCACUGGUUCCGAUGGUGAUGGUGGUUCCGAUGCUGAUGCUGGCGCUGAUUCAGCCUAGGCAGUCUUACUUGUUUUCCUAAAGAAAAAAAAACAAACAUCAGGUGCCGGUUGUUCUUUUUUGGUGUUAAUAUCACUAGCGCAGGACCAUCCAGCUCAGAAAUAUAGCCUGUUGGCAUCCUGGUUGUAAAUAUGAAGUUAAUGGCCAGCACCAUCAUUUUGAUGUAAACAUGGCUCUAACCUGAAAACUGUUCACCCUUAGCCUUUGUAUAUAUAACUAC